GAGUCACCCACAACAACCACAACUGAGGCAACAACAACCACGACUGAGGCCACAAAAACCACAGCUGAAGCAACCACAACUGAGUCACCCACAACAACCACAAUUGAGGCAACGACAACCACGACUGAGGCCACAAAAACCACAGCUGACGAAACCAAAACUGAGACACCCACAACAACCACGACUGAAACCACAACGACGACAACUGAGUCACCCACAACAACCACAAUUGAGGCAACAACAACCACAGCUGAGGCAACAACAAAAACAGCUGAAACCACAACGACCACAACUGAGGCCACAACAACCACAACUGAGUCACCCACAACAACCACAACUGAGUCAACAACAACCCCAACUGAGGUAACAACAACCACAGCUGAAGCAACAACAACCACAAAUGAGUCACCCACAACAACCACAAUUGAGGCAACAACGACAGCUGAAGCCACAACAACCACAACUGAGUCACCCACAACAACCACAACUGAGGCAACAACAACCACAGCUGAGGCAACAACAACAACAGCUGAAACCACAACGACCACAACUGAGGCCACAACAACCACAACUGAGUCACCCACAACAACCACAACUGAGUCACCCACAACAACCACAACUGAGGCAACAACAACCACGACUGAGGCCACAAAAACCACAGCUGAAGAAACCACAACUGAGACACCCACAACAACCACAACUGAAGCCACAACAACGACAACUGAGUCACCCACAACAACCACAACUGAGUCAACAACAACCCCAAUUGAGGUCACAACAACCACAGCUGAAGCAACAACAACCACAACUGAGUCACCCACAACAACCACAACUGAAGCCACAACAACCACAAAUGAGUCACCCACAACAACCACAAUUGAGGCAACAACCACAGCUGAAGCCACAACAACCACAACUGAGUCACCCACAACGACCACAACUGAGGUCACAACAACCACAACUGAGUCACCCACAACAACCACAAUUAAGGCCACAACAACCACAACUGAGUCACCCACAACAACCACAACUGAGUCACCCACAACAACCACAACUGAGGCAACAACAACCACAGCUGAGGCAACAACAACAACAGCUGAAACCACAACGACCACAACUGAGGCCACAACAACCACAACUGAGUCACCCACAACAACCACAACUGAGUCACCCACAACAACCACAACUGAGGCAACAACAACCACGACUGAGGCCACAAAAACCACAGCUGAAGAAACCACAACUGAGUCACCCACCACAACUGAGUCAACAACAACCCCAAUUGAGGCCACAACAACCACAGCUGAAGCAACAACAACCACAACUGAGUCACCCACAACAACCACAACUGAAGCCACAACAACCACAACUGAGUCACCCAUAUCGACCACAACUCAGUCACCCACAACUUCCACAACUGAAGUCACAACAACCACAACUGAGUCACCCACAACAACUACAACUGAGGCAACAACAACCACGACUGAGGCCACAAAAACCACAGCUGAAGAAACCACAACUGAGUCACCCACAACAACCACAAUUGAGGCAAAGACCACAACAGCUGAGGCCACAACAACAACGACUGAGUCACCCACAACGACCACAACUGAGUUACCCACAUCGACCACAACUGAGUCACCCACAACUACCACAACUGAGGUCACAACAACCACAAAUGAGUCACCCACAACAACCACAAUUGAGGCAACAACGACAUCUGAAGCCACAACAUCCACAACUGAGUCACCCACAACAACCACAACUGAGGCAACAACAACCACGACUGAGGCCACAAAAACCACAGCUGAAGCAACCACAACUGAGUCACCCACAACAACCACAAUUGAGGCAACGACAACCACGACUGAGGCCACAAAAACCACAGCUGAAGAAACCACAACUGAGUCACCCACAACAACCACAACUGAAGCCGCAACGACCACAACUGAGUCACCCACAACAACCACAAUUGAGAAAGAAUUUGGCUCAUCAUUCCUUUAUAUCGCCGUAAUUGAAUUCCGGCAGGGAUCAGUCAUCAACACAGUAAACUGUACCUUUGUCGGCCCAAUUGAUUACAAAUUGAUUGCCAAUGUUCUGGGAUAUGCAGCCAAUAAUGUCACUGGCUUUGACAUUGAAGGCAGCAGCAUAACUGUGAAUGGAUUAUGUAUCAAUUCCAGUCACGGCUUCAACUACAACUACACCUGCAACAUCUACAAUCGCCGCAGCUCCAUCUUAUGCACCUUCAAAUACUUUGACAUCCCUAAUUACUUCGACUGUACCCACGACUUCUACAUCUGUACUCGGAGGUUCUCAAUCACUGAUCAUAAUUUUUAG